GGACAAGAAUACUAAUGACUAUUCGCCUCCAACAAGACAGAACAAAUCCGCCAGGGGCGACGAGUAUGCUACCAGGAAUAGAGCUGAUACCAGACGCAGACGACCAACCGCCAAUCCGUUUGGGACACAUGAUCCCUAAAAAUCGAAUCACAUAUCAGGCCAAGUUAUUCAAAGGAUUUGAACUUGCUAUGAAUGAUAAGGGAAUUCAUGCCCUCAGGAUGGUUCUUGAUGCUGAUGAGCAUGCUACUUUGUGGAUCGGAAAUUCCUCUGCAGCCAGUAUAACGAACUGCCUCACACUGAAAGAAAAUGUUGCUGUACAGAAUAUAGAGUGGCCAGUUUAUCGCUUGGGUUAAGCGCC